CUCUCAUGGAGUCCAAGUAGACUUUUAGUUGUAGACUCAACAAUAAUACUCCCAGAGUCUUUCUUCUCUGCCUCUCUUCUGUUCUCUUCUCUUCACUUCUUCCAUGGCUCCAUCAUCAGCUUGCGUUGUCGAUACGGCUCGAGCGUUGAGCUGUCGUAACAGUACGGCGGCGUCUCAUCUGAAGCUAAUCUCUAUCCUAAUUAUCUUCUUUACGAGCGUUAUAGGCAUAUCUUCUCCAGUACUCCUCGCUCGCUAUUUCCAUGGAAAACCGCUUUACGACAGAGCGAUUCUUGUGAUAAAGUGCUUCGCCGCCGGUGUAAUCCUCUCCACCUCUUUGGUACACGUGCUUCCUGAUGCGUACGCCGCCCUUUCGGAUUGUCACGUGGCAUCCAAACAUCCAUGGAAGGACUUCCCUGUCGCUGGGUUGGUUACUCUGAUUGGUGCUUUGAUCGCUUUGUUAGUUGAUAUAACUGCAAGCGCGCAUGUGGAGAAUAGUCAGGGCCAGGGCCAUGGCCACGGCGGCGGCGGUAGUAAAAAUUAUACUCCGGUUGGGACACAGGAGGAAAUUGGAGGAAAGAAGGCGGGAGAAUUGUCGAAAUUGGAAUUGGGAGAAAGAGAAGAGGAGGAGAGUUUGGUGAAAUUAAAGCAGAGAUUAGUUUCGCAGGUGUUGGAGAUUGGGAUCAUAUUUCAUUCGGUGAUAAUUGGGGUGACGAUGGGUAUGUCACAAAAUCAGUGCACCAUUAGACCUCUGGUUGCAGCUCUUGCUUUUCACCAGAUCUUUGAAGGGAUGGGACUUGGUGGCUGCAUAGCUCAGGCGGGAUUUAGCUUAGGAACAGUGGGCUACAUGUGUUUCAUGUUUUCAGUGACUACACCAAUGGGGAUAGUAUUAGGGAUGAUAAUAUUUUCAUUGACAGGGUAUGAUGAUAGUAACCCUAAUGCCUUAAUUAUGGAAGGAUUAUUAGGAUCCCUCUCUUCAGGGAUACUCAUAUACAUGGGUCUUGUUGAUCUCAUAGCUCUUGAUUUUUUCCAUAACAAGUUGAUGAACUCUGCUCCAUCCUUGAAGAAGAUAUCAUUCAUUGCUCUAAUUCUUGGCUCUACAGCAAUGUCCAUCCUUGCCCUUUGGGCUUGAAAAUUUUCACUUUUUUUUUUCUUUUUGUCAGAUUAAUUAUAUGUAAAUGCAUGUAAAAUCAAUGGAAGCAUAUCCAUACAACACAGCAUCAAUUAAUGAAGAACAGAAUAGCUAUGAAGCAUUUGGUAUUUGGUUAAAUGUAUUGACAGUACUGUAAUGGCCUUAAACAAAGUCACCACAACAUGGGCUUCAAUUGGGCUUUGGAUUUACAAACUCA